AUGACAGGAAGCACAUUCACAGUAUUCCGCGACACCGAGUCCACUGCUAUCAAAGCAGACCAGACAACUCUUUUUCUUGAUGCACAUGACGUCCUCGUCAAAAUCACACAUGCAGGUUUAUGCGGGACAGAUCAACAUUUUCGACAUAAAGGUAUUGCUCUAGGCCACGAGGGUGCUGGUGUUGUGGAGGAAAUUGGCCAGGAAGUUACUAUUGUCGAAAUUGGGGAUAGAGUGGGACAUGACAAUUACUGCGACAACCAAACAUGUUACGGCUUUGGUGACACCGAUGUCGGUACUUUUGCCAAUAAACUUCCUAAUCAGCUAGAACCAGAAUUUGCGGCACCGCUGAUGUGUGGUGGUGCUACUGUGUGGAGUACCUUGACCACCUAUCCGCUCAAGGCUGGUGACCGAGUAGGUGUAUUAGGUAUCGGUGGGCUAGGCCAUAUGGCAAUUGAAUUUGCAUCAAAGCUAGGCUGCAAUGUAGUUGUUCUAUCCCAUAGUGAAAGCAAGAAAGAGGAGGCUCUGAAAUUUGGAGCGAAGGAAUUCCAUGUCACCGAUGAUAACGACGUUCUCAAAACGAGCAUUAAAAAUCCGAUCCCACUUGCAGCAGCAACUGGAAGUAUAUAUCCAUUGAGUGUCAGCUUUCAACCAUCUAGUGUACCAAUUCAACAGCUCAUCAACAAUGGUAUUAGAAUUCAAGGCUCGGCCGUUGGCAGUCGACCAUCGAUUCAGAGAAUGUUGGAUUUUGUAGUGCUACACAUAUACGCCCCGUUGGCAUUCGAGGUACUAAGCAAUGGUAAAAUGCGAUAUCGUGGUGUUUUACUUGCGAAGGACUCUUGA